UGAAAAAUAAAAUAUAUUUGGAGAAGUGAAGAAAACCCUAAUAAACCUCACCCGAACAAGACAGAGAGGUGUGACGAAGGGAAUCGUGUGCCCGAGUUCUCAAAUCCAAAUCCUCCGUUGUUCUUCUCUUCAAGGCGUUCUCGCUCUCCGGCGAGCUCUCUGAUCACUCUCGUUCACUCUUUGAUUCAAUCUCGUGGCAAGACAAGAGUCCAGAAGAAAGUUAGCCAUUGAAGGACCAUGGCCGAUAUAGCUGGCAAAGACAAUAGGGAAGCAAUGAGUGAGCAGGCAAUUGCAAACAUGUACAGUGUCCUGCGAUCUGAACUGAACCAGCUUUACUCAAAGAUCACAGAGAUAGAAAUGGAAGUCAGUGAACACUCACUCGUGCUUGGAGCAAUACAACCACUUGAUCCUUCCCGACGCUGCUAUAGAAUGAUCGGUGGUGUUCUGGUUGAAAGAACAAUCAAGGAAGUCAUGCCAGCAGUCCAGCGCAACAAAGAGGGUCUGGAGGAGGUGAUCACUCGUCUUAAUGAGGCAUUAGAAAAGAAAAAGAAGGAGAUUGCAGAGUUUGAACUGAAGCACAAGAUCAAGAUUAGGAAAUCCGACAAUGAAGCUAAGAAUGACAACAGCCGGAAGGAAGGUACUGCUCAAGGAGUUCUUGUUGGUCCUGCAAGUGAGCAGGGUGUGUGAUUCUUAGUUAAUAUAUGAUUUGAUCAAGUAACUCCAUGGUGGUUCAUGGACCAUAGUGAAAUUUGAUUGUACUUCAACAUGUUUGCAGGUUUUCGGUUUAGAACUGAUGUAAAUCUAUUUUUAUUGAAUGUUUUUGGUGAUCUUUUUUUAGUGAUAUUUAUUGUCUUCGUAUUGUUCCAA